AUGUCCAUCCUCGGUAUCGUUCAGGCAUCUUGGGGAUCAUCCUUUGUCCUCAAACUAGGGCUAAUCACUACAACACCAAUACUACUCUUGUUGACGGUAUACUUCAUUGUUGUGCCGAACGCUAUUAAGGAUUCUCGGCGUCGACAUCUACCACCAGGCCCCAAAGGGCACCCAUUCGUCGGUUCUCUCUUUGAGCUCGCAGAUACGGAAGCUGUGCGUGAUAAAGUCGUCGCAUGGCGCAAACAAUAUGGCCAUGUAUUUCACACCAAGAUUGGCGGAACAGACUACAUAUGGCUAUCUUCACCAAAGGCCGUCAAAGACUUGAUGGAUAAGAAAUCGAACAUCUAUUCCUCGCGAGCCCCUGCACCCAUGGCACAAGAUGUCUUAUCCGCAGGCCGACGCCAAUUGUUCAUGCAAUAUGGACCCAGGUGGCGCAGCAUCCGAAAACAUAGCCACGCGCUCCUCAAUCUCAACGCAAGUAUCAAUUACCAACCUGUUCAAGACUUUGAGAGCAAAGUUCUGUUAAAACAAUUGAUGCAAGAUCCCAACGAUUUCAUGUCCAUCAACAGGCGCUACUCCGCCAGCGUCAUAAUGCUGGUCACAUAUGGUUAUCGCAUACCCAGUUGGGACGAUCCACUCAUAAAACGCAUUUACGACGUGCUGGAGCGCUUCACUAGAAAUACUGCACCAGGAGCAUGGGCCAUUGAUUCGUUUCCUGCGCUAGCGUCCUUACCGCAAUGGCUGUUCGGGAAUUGGAGAAUACACGGCCAGAAGCUCCAUGAACAGGAUAGCCAAGUGUACCUUGAUCUCUGGAACAAGCUCAAGAAGGACACGGAUGCCGGAGUAGCAAAAGAUUGCUUCACAAAGACAUUUUACCUAAACGGACCCGAGAAGUCGGGCAUCGAUGAGCUGGCUGCAGCGUACACGUGUGGUGGGCUGAUUGAAGCCGGGUCUGAAACUACAGGUACGACACUGAACAACUUUGUCCUUUCUAUGGUUUUAUUCCCUGAGGCGCAAAAGAAGGCACAGGAAGAGUUGGAUCGUGUGGUUGGCAAGGACAGAUUGCCGACGUGGGAGGAUGAGGAGAAUUUGCCCUAUGUGAGAGGUGUGAUUAAGGAAGUAUUGAGGUGGAGACCAGUGAACAAAUUUGGAAUGCCGCAUGCGACUAGCGAUGAUGACUGGUACGAGGGCUGGUUCAUUCCCAAGGGAAGUAUUGUAGUGCUGAACUGGUGGGCAAUUCACAACGACCCGGACCUCUGGCCCAACCCCUCAGCUUUCGAUCCCUCUCGCUACCUAAACCAUACUGCAUCUGCAGCACACUACAUGAAUACUGCCGAUCCUUCAGAGCGUGACCACUUCGCCUAUGGCGCAGGACGACGCUCAUGUCCAGGCGUGCACGUCGCCGAACGUUCACUUUUCAUCAACGUGUCCCGGGUACUUUGGGGGUUCAAUCUUACUAAGAAGCUUGGAAAAGAAGGCAAAGAAGUACAUGUCAACACAAAGAUGGAGCCCGGGUUCUUUAGUGUGCCAGAGCCAUUCCAUUGUGAUAUCCGGCCUAGGAGUGAGGCGCAUGCCAAGGUUAUGAGAGCGGAGAGCGAGAGAGUAGAAAGAGAUGGAUUGGAUUAUUGA